UGGGGCAAAACUGUAAUAGACAGAAAAUAAAAUGACCAACACCGAAACCCUAGCUGUAUAAACCUUCCCCUGUAUAUUCAGUUCCAUCACUGCAUACCAUUCCCUUUCUCCACCUCGUCUCUGCUCGGUCUUCGGCUGCCGAUCCAAACAAAGAUGAAGGUAAUAGCAGCUUACUUGCUUGCCGUGCUGGGAGGUAAUGCCAGCCCUUCUGCCGAUGAUUUGAAGAACAUCCUCAACUCUGUUGGAGCUGAAGCUGAUGAUGACAGGAUUGAGCUCCUUUUGACACAAGUCAAGGGAAAAGAUAUUACAGAGCUCAUUGCAGCUGGGCGAGAGAAGUUGGCAUCUGUACCUGCUGGUGGUGGUGCUGUUGCUGUAGCUGCACCUGCAGCUGGUGGUGGUGGCGCUGCUGCUCCAGCUGCAGCUGAGCCCAAAAAAGAAGAGAAAGUUGAGGAGAAAGAGGAAUCUGAUGAUGACAUGGGCUUCAGUCUCUUUGACUAGAGGAUUUUGGUGCCUGUAUGGAACACCAUCUUGAUCCCCUCCCCUUCAGUAGGUUCUUCAUUUUUUUUUUUGGGGGUUUGAGGACUCUCUGCUACCCCUUUGUGUUUUAACUUUUGGUGUUUAUUUAGUUUGAAAGUUGUGAGAAGCUUAAGCAUCUCAGGACACCCAAUAGUUGGAUUAAUUUUUGACUAAUAGAUACGAGUUUUGUCAUUAAUUAACAAAAUUUAUUUCGAUGCAACUUGAAACUUUAUUGUGA